AUGCGGCUGGCCAUCACGGCUCCGACGUCGCAGGCGGCAGUUGCGGUCGUUCUGGAGAGUGUGGUGCGGAGCCGAUGGGCAAGCCUGCCCAACACCACAUUUGCGCUGUAUCUAGAUCCCCCCGACAACUAUCUGGCGGCCAACUCUCAACGGAUUACGCUCGGGCGGUCAGUCUCUGUCCUGCCGUCUGCAGUGGCGGCUGCAGCAUGGCGGCCGCGGGGCACGCUCGCCGCGCUUGCUUUUCCUUCGCCGCUCAACUUUCUGGAUACAGUGGCAGCCGGUGGCUUUGCGCCGCUUGACGACGUUAUGGUGAGCGUGAUGCCGCGGCUUGCACCGGUGCUGCGGGAAGUACAGCUCUUUACCGGCGACGUGUACGAGUCGAUCGAGUUCCAGCAGGCAGCCCAGCCCAAGAUGGCUGUCUCGCUGCGGACCGAGUGGCCACCCCAGGCAGUGCCGUCACCACCAGUUGUGCCGCCUCUGGCCUCUGAGUGGCCACCGCUGCUGAGCAGCCCGAAUCCGCGGUCGUACUACGCAGCGCCUGUGGUGCUCGACGGCGUUUCUAUCGCUUACCGGCGGUCGGUUCUGGACGCAUUUGACCUCAUACCGCCGACGUCGUACGAGGAGCUGCUCACGCUGUGUGGCACUCUCGACGGACUUGGCAUCAUUCCGAUCACAAUGCCGUCGUUCGACCUUGGGUCGGCAGUCGAGGGUGUGAUGGCCAGCAUGUGGUUUGACAUUGUGGCUACGCGGCUGUACGGCUCAGCGCUGCUCGAUGAGAUGCGCGGCGGGCGGGUCUCGUUUCUUGACGAGCGCAUUGAGCGGGUGCUUGCCGUCCUGGAAGAUCUCCGCAACGCGCGCUGCUACCACCCGCAGCCGCGCGAUGUCGACGGCGAGCAGGGCCGGGCUCCGUUUUUCACCGGUGUCUCGGCCAUGACCAUCAUUUGGGACGGGUUCGCUCUCUCGCUGCCGGAAGGCGUGCUCGCCGACGUUGAGGCCUUUGCUUUUCCGGAGCUUUCUGCUGGUCAAGGCGUGAACACGGGUCUCGCCAUCUUUGUUGUGAUUGCACUGCCGGUUGACUUUGCGCCGAUGGAGUCGGACAAGGCGACGGUAGAGGCUGUGCGGCAAGAAGUGGUCCGAGCAGCGUUGUCGCCAACGAUGGCGCAAGCGCUUUGGGCCAACGGCAUGUAUGGGGUGCCGGCGGUGGUAGAUUCAGAGGUGGUCGCACCGGCGUCCAUGCGUGCUACCCGACGCGUGGUGCAGACGAUGCGGGACGAGUCGAGCCAGCUCACGACGCUGCUCUGCCUGACAAUGUCGCCUGCAGCACUGCGGGAUGCGUGGUGCCGCGAGUUCUCGCUCUUUUUCCACUCGACCGAUUUCAGCGUGGCCAAGUCUGGUACGAUUCUGGCUCGAUUGGAAGGCGUUCGGGGCGAGGUGACAACUGGUGUCGCAGCGCCGCCGUUUGCGGAGCCGCCACCUGGGGUUGUUGCGCGUGGGACGCGGAUUGAGCUGAUGGCGCUCGAUGAGCAGGCAAUGGUGCUGUAUUCGUUCAAGAACAUUCCGCUCGUCCUGGGUUCGCCGGACGUUGAGCAGUACUCGGCGCCGAUUGUACUGCCGGAGCGGCCCGAGGUGACGGUGUGGGCAGGCGUUCACACGCAGACGCUGGUCAACUCUCAAGUCGUAGCGCUGCGGUAUGUCCAGCCAUGGGCUGUGGCGAGCGAGACGAACAGACCGCUGCGGAUGGUUGUGCUUGGGGUCGGACUCGCAGUGGGUGUGCUCUGCCUCGCCGGCAUGGUGGCGGCCGUGAUGAUUACGCGGCAGCGGAGCCGGGCGCGCAAUCCGAAGACGCAGAUGAUGCUUGUGGACCACUCGGAUCUUAUUCUGAUGACGUCGCUGGCAAUCCGCGAGCGGGCAGAGGUGUUCCGGGCUACGUUUCGUGCGUCGCGUGCGGUGGUCAAACUCUUCUUUCCACACCUUGCCAGCAAGCCGAGCCGAGCCGGGCUGCUGGGGACAGAGGCGCAACUGCCGACGCAGAGCUGGAUCAACAAUGUGGCGGCAUCGUUGACGACGAGCGAGACGAGAGCGUUGGCGUCGAUGUCAGAGCUGAGCGAAGGGAUGCAGGAGUUUAUGCGGACGACGCGAAUGCUGGCGUCGCUGCGGCACCCGAACCUGGUACUGUUCAUGGGCGUCGCGCUCAAUCCGCUGGCAGUGGUGACCGAGUACGUCCCGCGCGGCUCACUCUGGUCCGUGCUCCACACCCCGGACAUGGAGCUCGCUGGAUCGCUCAAGGUUGCGCUUGCGGCGGGUAUUGCCAAGGGCCUGCGGUACCUACGGCGAGCACGGAUUGUGCACCACUCGCUGACCUCCCACAACGUGCUCCUCACUGCAUCGUGGAUUCCCAAGAUUGCCGACUUUGGCAUGGAAGCGUUGGAGGUGCUGCCUGCAAGGAAGGUGCAUGCGCGUGCGGCAGCUGCGCAUGAGGCGCACAUGCACGAGCGGUGGCCGUGGACGGCGCCCGAGGUGCUGAGUACCAACGCGCCAGUCUCGUUUGCGUCGAACGUGUACUCGUACGGGGUGCUGGUGUGGGAGAUCGUGACGCUGCGGCAGCCGUACAGCGGAUACUCGCCCGACGCAGUGGCGCUCGGGGUCAUCAACGGAACACUGCGACCGGAGCUGGCUCCGGGUGACGGGACGCUUGAUGUUGCUGUGGGCAAGCCAGUCCGGGGUGAGAGCUCGCUGGGGCCGUCGACGUUUGACAACCGGCCGUCUCUGGUGCCGCUGAUGCUCAUGUGCUGGUCGGCAGACGUUGAGGCUCGACCCGGACUGACAGCGAUUGUCAACGAGCUGGAGCAGAUCCAGUCUGUGGUUGGCCCGCCGGUGUACCCGCAUGUGGACGCGCGGCCGCGCGGGCGGUCUGUCUUGGUCAUGAUCGAAGUGGCCAACUUGCAAGCUGCACUUGACUCACUGCCUGCGGCAUUUGCCGAGGCUGUGCGGACGAUGCAUCGAAUGGUGCGGGCAGCGCUGAGUGUCUCGUCCGGUUUUGUGUGGCGGCUCUCGAUUGAUCGGGUGUACAUCAUGUUUGCGUCUGUGGCGCGGGCGAUGAAGUUUCUUACAGCCUUUGACGAGGCCAUGUUCCACUGCCCGUGGCCGCACGAGCUCCUCCUGCACCCGAUGUUUGGCCCGCUGGUCAACUCGGACGGCGUGGUGGUGCUCCGCGGGCUGCGGCUGCGGACAGUGGCUACAAUCGGGGUUGCGGAGAUGAAGAACCCCGAGCCGACGCCCGGGCCCGCGAUUGGGCGCACCAUGGACAGCUCUGUGGUAGGUCUCGACGAGGGAGCUGGCGAGGACGACGGCUACACAGGCGAGCUUGUUCACCAGGGCCAGCACAUGCUCACGGUGUGCCUACCGGGGCAGACGAUGGUGAGCAAGGUGCUCUCACUCGAAGCGGUGCACGAGCUCCGGGAAACGGCGUACGAGCUGGUGCCGACGCAGCAUGGGAUGAUGCAGUUGCAGGCGGAGGCGCGGCCGGUCGACUUUGAGGCAGUACAUGGCGGUGGGGGCGGGGCGGGACUCGCGCUUGUCUCACUGCCUAUGUCCUCUCUGGAUCCUGGACUCGGCGGAGGCGUCGUCGGCGACGGCGGCAAUGAUGGUGAUGUCGGUGACGAGACCGAGGUUGGGACUGUGUCAAGCACAACGAGUCGACGGAUGACCAAAAGCGGGAAGACGCGGUCUGUGCUGUUUGCCAACAGAGGCGGCGAGGCGGCCAGGAGUGGCGAGGCUGCGAGCGGUGUGCCCAUGACUCGUGUGAGCGAAGCGUCGGCUUCGUGCUCUGUGUCAUUGUCGAUGAGCAAGCCGCGGCAUACCUCUGAGGAGAGCUCGGCAGGGCGGCACGAGCGAGGCGGCGACGAUGUGUCGCUGCGGAAAAGCAUCCACAUGUCGAAAGGCAUUGCAACCGAGACCGGCGGCGACUACGGGCUGCCGUCUGCGUCACUUGUGCUUGCGCCAGCGUCGCAAACACGGUUUGCUUACACGACGCUCGAGCUGGGGCUGACAACUGCGCGGGGACAGGCGUGGGUUAUUUCCGCACCGCCGAAGCAUGUGUUUGAGACGCGGUACACGUUUGGAGCGACGGCCGAGUCGUACAAGGUGCGGUGGGGCGAGGGGACGGUGCUGUUUAAGCGGGUGGUGCACGCGAUGCGGGCAGAGGAAACAAUCGACUUUGCAGUGACGGUGGCACUGCUCAAGGUGCUCGACCACCCGAACGUGCUCCCGCUCAAGGCGGCGUGCUUUGACCCGCCCCGGCCUGUGGUUGUGGUUGAUUUUGUGGACGGCGGCUCGCUGUGGAACGCGUUGCUCGGACCGCGCAAGGUGGAAAUGCCGAUCUUUACCCGGAUCAAUAUCAUGCAAGGCAUUGCCAAAGGCCUUGCAUACCUCCACGAGCACGGGGUGGUGCACGGGGCACUCUCGCCAGCCAACGUGCUGCUGCAGAACUCUUCCACGCCGCUCCUCACCGACUACGGGCUGGUCUCGAUCCGGUACAAACGCGAGGUGCAGGCCGGCCAGGCGCCGCCGCCACUGCCGCUGUCUGGCGGAGCUGGGCUUGCGAUUGAGAAGCGGCGGCACGAGCCGACGCGGUAUGACGCGCCCGAAGUGCUCAACGACGGAGUGGUGAGCACGGCAGCAGACAUCUUUGCGUACGGAGUGCUGCUGCUGGAGAUCGCGACGUCGGCCAAUGCGUUUCCCGGAAUGAGCGACGCGGAGGUGGCGUCGCGCAUCUCGUCGGGCUUCCGUCCGCCGAUUCCCGAGAGCAUCAACUUUGACCUCGCGUCGAUCAUUCUGUGUUGCUUCCGCGAGCGGCCGGUGACAUCAUGA